GUUGUCUCCACGCAACGUCGGACAUGAAUUCGGAGAAACGACGGAUGUCUCUCAGUGAAAUGACACGUAUCUUUCUUGCAGCAGAUGUCGUCCACAGAAUGUAAUGGGCAGAGAAUGCAAUGGCAAUGCCAUUGCCCAUGGGUCUCUGAUGCUGUUGUGAUUUCGUCCAAUCCCGUCUGUGGCUUCACUUGCAGUUCGGAAGACGCCGCUGGUGAGCUUCACCUGGCGACGAAAAAACAUAGAAUCACGCCCAUUAGCUGGGCGUCCCUUGAAACAUACCCGCAUGGUACCCACUGGAUGCACCAUUCCAGGAUAUUCCAGGGGCUCGAACAGGGGAAAGCUUGAAGGCGACAGACCGACAGGUUGCAGCGCGUGUGCGCUGUCCAGCCUUGUCUCUGUUUCAACUUCUUAGGAAGCAUGGCGCUCUUCCAACUUCUGUUGGCUUCUGCUUUCCACUUGGCUGCGGCUUCAUUCAACGUGGUCUCUCCCGCCUUGGAGGCAGAAAUGGUGCUUAAAAAGGACCAGUGGUGGCACCUGGGGGGCUUUUGCUUUGGCCGGAAUGAGCAAGCACCAGCGCUGGUCGCACAGCUUGUUGUGCGAAUGCUCUGGCAGGGUGAAGCACCUCUAGAUCUAUCCACGAAGGUGUACUUGGUCGCCUUCGAUGGGCGAAAGGACUAUUGGGGGGUGGCUCAGCAGGAAUGGGAGACUGCUGGUUGCGAAGGCAAGCUUCGAGUUGCAACUGAUGCAUACGACUUGCACGAAAUGACAUGGUACAAGAGAAUCCCUCCGAAUGUCGAAAAAGCCUUUACGAUCAACAUCUACCAGAAGACUGCGAUGAGGGAUUGGCACUAUGCUUUGAUGGCUUGUGGCAGUGUAGAAGCUGCUCCGUUGAAACUGACAGUGGAAGCGGUUUCAGGAGCCCUCUCCGUGUUCGCAGCCAAUGACAACUUCGAUGAAAGCAGUUGCCCAGUCAUGCCAAUCAGCUGGUGGCAAGAAGCCCAAGUAGAAGCAGGCUUUUGGCUUUUGCUUUGUGCUGUAGCCAUUUGCAGUGCUUGCUUUGGCUUUAUCUUCCUCAUGGUGAGCCAGUGGCUCUUCAGCAGAAACAAGCGUGCCUAUAACAAGAGCACUGAUGCUAACCAGGAAGUAGUCAUCGGCAAGCCCUGCCAAGCACUAGAGGAUAUGGAUAUCGCAAAUGGUCAGAUCAACAAUGCGAAGUCGGCGAAGUCCAAUCCAAAAGUGAGCCCGGAAGACGUUUGAAUGUAUUUUCUGACUCAUGAGUCAUGCAUUGGAGAAGGAUUGUAUUUAUGUGAGAGCAUCCCCCAAGAGGGGUUUUGCCUCUCCCAGUUUAGUUUGGAACUGGGCCAUGAUCUUCCCUGGCUGAGCUAACCUUGUGCAUAGCCGUUGUGGGGGCCCACCAGGAGAAGAUGUCCACCGGGUGUUCUAUUUUGAAACUUCACGAUCUUCGAAGCUGAGCAGCUUUGAUAAGAAGACUUGUUUUUUGAUUUUUUUUUUGUGAUGUGUCAGUAGAAAGCAUCAUUGAGCAUCACUAUUCUUUCGGACACACGAUGUGUGACGGCUUUU